AUGAACAGCGGAGAAAACCACAGAAGUGCUCUGGCAGAAAUAAUAACCAUAUACAGAAAAAUGAAAAAAGGAAGGGAAAUGCCACAUGUAUACAAAAGUAGAAAGGGGAGAGAGAUAGAUGAGACAACAGAGUCCGUCUCCGAGACAAUAAGAAGUAUUCCUAAUAUAAGAAGUCAAGAAAGAGAAGACUUAACACAAAUGACAUUUAAUUUUUCUCCCCUACACGCGCUUAACCCAUCUGGUCACAAAUAUUUAUUCUAUUCAAAGAGUUCUGGCUUAGUGCAAACACAAGUGCUCGGGAACAUAACAGCAAAUUAUUUAGAAACAAACAAAACCAACUUCUUUUGGCUGAACACGUUCAAUCCAACAGACUCUGACUUACAGACACUUUGUAGUAUGUUUGAUAUUCACGAAUUAACUCUAUUAGACAUAAAAGAAGGAAAUACAGAUGAGAAGAUAGAGGUAUUUAAGCACUACACUUUUAUAUCAAUGAAGCUAAUGGUUGAAGCAGAUCCAACGAAUGACGACAUCGACUUUAACAUUUUAGUGUUCAAGGAUUUUGUACUGACAUUUCACGACAAGCCAUGGAUUAGUGUACAAGAUACGUUUAACUUUAUAGAAUUAUUAUCAGCACACACACCGCUUACUCCCUCAUGGGUUUUGUAUUCAAUUAUAAUUGAGUUCUUACAGGAUAUAAAAUAUCUUUCUGAUGGGUGCACAGCAGCAACAUCAGAGAUUCAAGCACUGUCAAAGACAUUUAAAGAGGCUGACAUGGCAAGCCUUCUAAAAAAGAAUUUUACAGUGAGUUGCCAAGUGAAUUCGCUUCAAAUAACCACUCGGUACAAAAUAGAAAUACUUACAACGAUAAAGAAUCGGUGUAGGAAGAGGAUUGUACCACUCGUGCAGAAAUAUCUUUCUGAGUCAAUUGAAGAUCUCAGAGAUUUAUCAAAGAAAUUAGGGGAGAAUCACAGAGUAUUAGAGAGGGCGCAGGAUACGUACUUAGCACUGCUGAAUGUAGCACAGACACAGGAAGGGAAUGAAAUGAACAAGUCUAUGCGAAGAAUGAGCUUAACUGCACUAAUUCUAUCACCGUGCCAGUUACUGUCUGGUAUAUGGGGAAUGAAUGUAAGAGUGCCAGGGGAAAAGAAUGAAACCCUCUACCCAUUCUUUGGAAUAGUCUUUUUAUCGAUACUUCCAUUGGUUUUCUAUUUUUACGUGCCAAUUAGACAUGCACUCCGGCGUAUACUUUGAAUAUUUGAAUAAAGAAGUCGG